AUGGAACAGAAUUGUCUGGAUCUUCAAGGGCUUGGAGUUUCAAGCUUCUGGGGCAUCAAGGAGACUGACGCUGAGUAUGUUGUCAUCGACCUGCGAAACAAUGCUUUGCGGACCUUUGAGCACUUCGGUACCCAUCCAAAGUUGGUUGAACUGCGGCUUCAAAACAAUCAAAUAGAGAGCUUUAUGGGCCUUACAAAGCAGCCUUCGCUUGCUGUGGUGGAUCUCGAUGGAAGCCCCAUUGCGGCCCAUCCAUGGUACCGCGUCAUGGCGCUACUAGUAGUUGGGUUUUCCAUUACUGCCAUUGAUGGCGUUGCUGUUUCGGAAAACGAGCGCGAAAUGGCGCGGGGUUUGGGCCCUAUUGCCGCCCUUGCAGUUAGCUAUGGCUGGAAGUUGCAGCCAGGGGAGCGGUCGCCAGAGGAAUAUCGCCAAAUCAUAGCGGAAUGCAAAAAAGCCAGGAAACGCGCUCUGCAACAGCAGCAGGGUCCAUUCCAAACUAUUGCACUCGCGCUUAGGCAAAACAGGAGCACCGGAGCUCUGUUGCCCUACCUCUCGCUAGAGACGUCCAUUGGAAGUGACUCAACCGCGUGGAACUUGGAACUACUCUUGGCGCGUGUGAAGAAGCUUGAAAAUUUACUUAGCGAGGCUCAGGACAAGCUGGAUGUACAGCAGGCACGUUGGAGGGAUUUAGUUGACCUGGGUCAGGUCGAGGGAAUAACCGGCGCCGAACUCUGUUCUGCGCGAAGCAUUUUGUUUACUGACGGCAUUUAUUUGCGUACAAAUGUCAUGGCUUCACCACCCCACGAGCGAAAUGGGCAGACAAGGGGGUCCGUCAUGUUAGAGGGUUCUUCCUUGGUGCUGCUUAGUUUCAUGUCAAGGGUUCGCUUGGCUGAGUCGGCGCUGUGCGACAUCAAGGUGGGGUACUGCCCGCCGAGUGCGCUGCGUAUUGAGGGAGCAUACGGAGCAGUUUUCGAAAUUUCAUUCGAUAACGCCCUUUCUCUUUGGGCUGUGUACAAAUUGUUGUACCUGCGACGCGGAAUGCCUGUCCCGCCGUUGCACCUAAAGGACGAGGUUGAGGUUAACGCCAUGCUGAAGAGAGAGGCAACCGCACAAAUGACUCUGAACAACGCGGAGAAUGGUGGUACAUCUAGUAACUUGCUCAACGAAAAGAGGGAGCCCCGCAAGGAACAUGCUUCGCCCCAGGGAAUCAUUGGGACAGUGACGUCUUCUUCCUCGGGGCGCAACUCUCUUCCAGAGAAGAAGAAGAAGUCGCCACUUGGGGAUUCCCCACCUCCGGAGGUUCGAGACGUGCAACCGGCUUCGGAUCCUAGGGUCUCACCGGUGGAGAAUUUCCUGCUAGGCAGCGUCCUUGGUGAAGGGUCCUGCAGCCGUUCCGUGGCAGACCUCCCUGAACUACGGGCGGAGGAGUACCUGGAGGCGAGUUGCACCACAUCUGAAGCGUUACGGGCAAGAACUUUGUCGCUGUCACGUAGCCAGCCUCCGCCGCCUUCGCGACUACCGCGACGUAGUUGCUCUUGCGCCUCUCCACCCUCCAUUCCCAGGCGUCACCCUUCGUCCUCCCGGACUUCUGCGGUGUUGAAGGGCUCGAAUGCGGUUGUGAGUCACACGAGGUCCCCUGGGGAUGAACAUAGUUUUCAUAUUCGGCGGCUUCGCGUGGCCGUCUCGGAUUCGGAUUCGGAUUCGGAUUCGUUGGCAAAGCUUCAUUUAGAAAAGCGAAUGUAA